AUGUCCGGGGACACCUCUGGGUUUGAAAUGACCUAUAGCGAAACAUAUGCAUUACUGGGAUCAGCCAUGGCUGACGGUCCUCUGUCCUUUGAUGCGACGAUGGACACGUACCGCGUGAAUCGACACAACAUCACAGAAGAAAGAACCUACACGAACAGGCUCAUCCAGGGCGGACUGCGAUACCAGAAGUUGAACCUGUCCAGUGCGGGAGAGAUGCAUUUAUCCCUAGUUGGAUUCAAGCCGACUGUCUCUAAUAUCCCUUUGGCAGAUCUUCCGGGCUCGUUCAACUGUUCUGAUGACGUGCUGACUCGGAUUUGGCAUGCGGGAGCUCGGACAACGCAGCUUACUGAGUUCCCAGCUAACAGCAUCCCAGACUUCUGGGUUCUUACUGAUGAAGGAGCCUUGAUAGACAGUCUUGCUCCGCAACCCUACUAUACCAUCUGGUCUCCUUCGCUGAUGACUUACGAUCUGGAGUUCUCGGUAAAGCCGAUUUCCAAGGGCUUCAGCUUCAAUGUACUCAGUGAUACUUUGUCCAACGGGAUCUACAUCUUUGUCGAUAUUACCAAUGCUUCAAUCUCUGCGCAUGCUGGAUCUACUGAGCUGGACCCUAUCAUUGCCUCAGGUCACCUUUCCUCUUCGAUCAGUCUGAACGAGUGGCACAAGGUUCAAAGCAACGUGAAUAUGUCCCAAAUAUCUGUUCAAAUCGAUAACAUCACUGUGCUGGAUUUCUCCCAAACGGCAUCUUUUUAUGGCUCCUUCGGUGUGGGCGCGUCUUUCGGACAUUCUGCCAUUUUCACCAACCUGUCAUUGUUAGUCGGGGGAGAGCAAAAGUAUUUCUCAACCUUGAAGGAUGAGUCGGCGCUAUCAGACUUCCUUGUCGGGACCAACCCUUUACCUGUCAGCGUCGACGGCUCUCGACGCGAUCGUCUUGCCUACGCCGGCGACCUAGACAUGGCCAGCAGUACAUCUUUCGCCAGCACCAAUGGUAUCGAUUACAUCAACGGUUCUAUUGAGCUGCUCGGUUCCUACCAAAUGACUCCCGGCUUUUUUGUUCCGAAUGCAAAAGUUCAACAGCCCCCUCGAAGCACGGAUGUUGAGGCAAAUAUAACCGGUUUGAUUGGAUAUUCGUUCAAUCUAGUGAGUGCAAUGGCCAAGUUCUACGAGCAGACCGGUGAUGAAGUGUUUCUGCAUCGCUGGGCCCCGAAAGUGAUGCGCAUGCUUGAUUGGGCGCAUUCACAGACGCUACCAAAUAACUUGCUCAACAUCACCGAUCCCGCCAUGGGUGGGGGAUGGGACAUCUAUGAUCCCGCGUCGUCUGGGAUUGUCUCCCAAUUCAACAUAUUAUACGCUUAUUCGCUGAACAAAUGGAUCCCGUAUCUGGAGCAGGCCAACAUCAAUGCCACUGUCUAUCAAAGGCGGCUGGAAAACUUACAAAGAUCAAUCAACUACCAUUUGUGGAGCGACAAACUCCAGGCCUAUUAUCACUCUGACACAUACCAAAACUUCUUCUCGCAGGAAGCCAACGCCUUGGCCAUCCUGAGUGACACUACGGAACUAAAUGGAAACCGUACUAAUACAGUACUUUCCACCAUGGCGCAGCAAUUAUAUAUUCCCAAAGGUGCUCUCUCCUUCUCCAACGCCAGCAUGGCCAGCGGAUUCGCCCAGAAAAUUAGCCCCUAUGCUUCCGGCUACCACCUAAAGGCAGCAUUCCACGCGAACGAUGGCGUUAAUGCCAAAAAGCUUCUCCACAGUGUCUGGGGCCCGAUCAGUGACCCGAAAAAAUGCCAACUACACUGGCUGUAUGUGGGAGGUCAUAAACCCCGACGGUACUCCCGGCAUCUGGUCUGGAACCUCGCUGUGUCAUGCCUGGAGUGCAGGGCCCACUGCUGA